CCUUGCUACAUUUCAUUGACCUUGUGACUUGGUGGCGGUUCAGUUCAACUAAAGUGUACCAAGAAUGCACUAUAUGCAUUGCUGGAAUCUUUUGCCGGCGCUUCUCGUCGGCGUCAGUGCAUCCGGGUGCAACGUUUUCCAUCCAAACCCCCAAGCGCCGCUGUUUGUGGACGAACCUCCGCCGGACUACUACCGUCGGAACAGCUUGCAGGACUGUCGCGAGCGGUUCUUCUCCACAGUGCUUCAGAACGAUGAAUUCACUGGCGUCUACAACGGAGAACCGGCUACCGUUGGCGAGUUCAACUUCUUUGCCGCAAUCGGCUGGACAGGAUCGGAUAAAACCGUUAAGUACAAGUGUGGAGGAACGUUGAUCACGCUGAACUUUGUCCUGACAGCGGCUCACUGUGCGUUCGAUGAUUUGUCCGUUCAACCGGACACAGUACGGCUAGGUGAUGUUGACUUGAAGGGACCUUCAAACGAUCAGAACGCACAGCAGAUCAAGAUCAAAACUUUUACCCGUCAUCCGGAAUUUCGACCGUCCAAAGCGUACAGUGACAUCGGGUUGAUAGAGUUGUCGCAGAGUGCCAGAGCUUCGCCGUACGUUUGUACGGCCUGUCUGUGGACUGCGGCAUCCAAUCCGGACUACACGAUGACCCUGAUGGGAUUCGGAGCGGUGGCUUAUGCAGCAGAACCGAGUUCAGUGUUGAGGAAGGCCACAACUAUGAGGGUGAUCGACUCGGGAACCUGUGCGAGCAGAUUGCUCCCAAACCGGAGACUUCCACAGGGUAUCGCCGAUCAACAGUUCUGUACGGUGGGAUCGUCUCAAGAUGCUUGCGAAGGAGAUUCUGGUGGUCCAUUGGUGGUGUACUUAUCCGAUGUAGACAAGUUAAUCCCGUUUGUAGUUGGGAUCACUUCGCUUGGUACAGGAUGCGGUGAAGGUUCCGUCGGAUUGUACACCAAAGUAUCCCAGUACAUCAGCUGGGUACAGUCCGUGACCAAGUCCAACUUCAACCAGCUGCAGUGCGCUAGGAGAUCCGUCUGUAGAGAAUACUUCAAGGACUUCAGAAGCCCCGUGCAGGUCCAGAAGUUGUCUCCCAGUUGUAGGACAACUCUGCUGCGAGGUGACACUCCAACCGGAUGUGGGGGAACUUUAAUCGACUACCGUCACGUGUUGACCUCUGCGCAGUGUGUUUCUUGCACCAAAGCUCCAACCCACGUGUCCAUCCACGACAAUAUCGUAAAGGUGCAAGAAGUCAUUCGACAUCCCGAGUUCCAGGAAGAUCCUCUAGAGAACGAUAUCGCGUUGAUCACGCUGGAGAAAUACUUGAGUCACGAGCUGAACGACCGAACCGUUCUUCCGGCCUGUCUUUGGAAUCAACCAACUCUCGAUACUUCUGAGGUUUUUGUUGCUGCUACUGAUCCAACUGCCGAUUCCUACCAACGGUUGAUAAUAUCUUCAAAACUGAUUGAUGACCAGUUCUGUGGAAAGGACCAGCUCUGCUCGGAGAACUCCGUUGACGUCAUCCCAGGAGUCUGCCAGUACGAACCCGGUGGCCACGUGUCAAACUACGUGAGCACACCGACGCAGGGCUUCAUUCCGUUCAUCUACGGUGUAAACUCGGAGGGAUUCGAAUGUGGCGGGAAGUACGGCACAUUCGUUGCUACUAAGGUAGAGCCGCACUUUUCGUGGAUUGAAGCGGUUGUGUUGAACAAAUCGGAAGGUAAAUUUGUCACUUUGAUCUGGGAAAUCUCAUCGGGCGACUGA